GCCACUUCCUCUCUCGAUCUUUGCGUAACAGUGAGAAAUUCCAAAGUCUCUCCAAAGUGUCUGCACCAUCUCAGUCCAACCUAAUUGUCAUUCGAGCAGAGAAGACCCAACCUGCUGCCACCGAAUGUGGGAGUUGUUUACACUGCAGCAUCAUUGAUCCGAGCCUCACUUGUCAGAAAUUUACCGAGAAGUCCUUGCUCGCGCGUGUCUGAUUGUUUGCUUGCGUGUGUGCGUGGCCAAGCCAUGGGAGACUCCAAUGCGAGCCUGUCGACGGCUGUCUUCAACGAGACGGGUGGUCUGGACGGAGGCCACCACCCCCUCCUCCCUGCCGGGGAGUUCGACCACAUACUGGACACCAGCUACGACACGGACUACGGAGUUCCCCCCGACGAGAUCCCCGACACCACGCAGGGCCAGGCCUUCUUCGUGGCCACCAUCCUCAUCGGUCUGGUGCUGGUGUGCAUCAUGGCGGUUUGCGGCCUUGGGAACUUCCUCUUCAUCGCGUCCCUGGUGCGCUACAAGAAGCUUCGCAAUCUCACCAACCUGCUCAUCGCCAACCUGGCCGUGUCGGACUUCAUCGUGGCGGUGGUGUGCUGCCCCUUCCUCCUUGACUACUACGUGAUGAAGCAGCUGUCCUGGAGCCACGGACCCGUGCUGUGCGCCUCCGUCAACUACCUGAGGACAGUGUCGCUGUACGUGUCCACCAACGCGCUGCUCGCCAUCGCCGUUGACAGGUACAUGGCUAUUGUCCACCCUCUGCGUCCUCGCAUGAAGCACCAGACGGCCUACUGCCUGACCCUGGGGGUCUGGAUCGUCCCCGUCAUCAUCUCCAUCCCCUCGGCCUACUACUCACAGACCCUGUACCCGCACAGCAGCGGCGGCAGCCGCGCCACCCACAAGGUGUUCUGCGCCCAGAUCUGGCCGGUGGACCAGCAGGCCUACUACCGCACCUACUUCCUCUUCAUCUUCGCCGUCGAGUUCGCAGUGCCGGUGAUGGUCAUGGUGAUGUGCUACGUGCGCAUCUCCCGCGAGCUGUGGUUCAAGAGCGUGCCGGGCUUCCAGACGGAGCAGAUCAAGAAGCGGCUGCGGUGCCGCCGCAAGACGGUCAUGGUGCUGAUCGGGAUCCUCGCGGCGUACGUCCUGUGCUGGGCGCCGUACUACGCCUACACCAUCCUGCGGGACUUCCACCCCACGGUCAUCACGCGCCAGCGCCACUCGCUGGUGGCCUUCUACGUCAUCGAGUGCAUCGCCAUGAGCAACAGCAUGAUCAACACCUUCUGCUUUGUCAGCGUCAAGAACAACACGGUCAAGUACCUGAAGAAGAUCGUGCUGCUGCGCUGGAGGUCCACCUACGCGCCCAGCAAGGCCGCGGAAGAAACCGAUCUCCGGACUUGCUCCAUGCCUGUCACAGAGGAGGAAGAGUGCAUCCGGCUUAAGUAGGAUGAAAGGACAAGGAGGGCGGGAGAGAGAACGGGGAAAGGGGUUGGGGGGAGAGCUUUUUUUGA